AUGUGUAUGCAGCAACUUGCUGUACUUCAGUGCACAAUUACAAAUCAUCUUUCAAGCUCUUCAGAAUCUCAGACCUGCCAAGAGCUAAUUAACUGCUCUGACAGUGGGAAGAUGCAGCAACAUAAGGCACAGUUUCUGAAUGACUGUAAGGAACUCCUGGAGAUAAAGACUCAGGAGGAGCGGAUCGCUGACAAGAAACACAGCGCCAAAAACAAGCGGGCAGCCCUUUGGGUGCUAGAGUGCAAGAAGAGGUAUGAAAAGCAGCUGGUGGAGAUCAAGGGCACACCAACCAUCAAAUUUCAGCAAGAGGCCCUGGAGAGCGUCAGGAGUGACAUGGAGGUGCUCAAGAACAUGGACUAUUCCGCCAAGGCCACUAAGGCUGCCUAUGACAACACAGACAUUGAUAAAGUUGAAGAGUUAAUGCAGGGCAUUGCUGACCAGCAGGAACCUGUGGAGGAGAUUUCAACAGCUAUUUCAAAACCUGGAGGAUUUGGAGAAGAGUUGGAUGAAGAUGACCUCCUGGCAGACUUAGUACUACGAUGGAAGGAACUAGACAAGAAUGUGCUGCAAAUUAGUGGACCUGAAACAGUCCCUCUACCAAAUGUUCCCUCUAUAACCUUAACAUCAAAGCCCACCUGCCUGCACCACGUCCUGCCUGCCCCGCAUAUACACAGCCGGCACUGGACCAGUUCAAUGGAUCCAGCCCUGUUCUACAAUUCCUUCAUGUCAUCCUCGUCCUCUUCCUCCUUCUUGGUGGUCUCUUGA